ACUCUCAAAGUCACAAAUCCUUUAUUUAUUUAUUUUUUUCAUUAUUCGAAAAUAGAAAUAAAUAUUAAUAAAGUCAAAAUGAGAAACUAAGUCUCCUCUUUCACUUGUAUAAAUUUCAUAGGAGUCUCAGCAGAGAGAGAUAUACACAAAUAGAAAGAGAGAGAGACAUAUAGAGGAAGGAAAUGGCUGACGGCGAAUUUCCGGCGGUUCCAACUCACGGAGGCCAGUUUGUCCAAUACAACAUUUUCGGUAAUCUUUUCGAAAUCACGUCGAAAUAUCGGCCUCCUAUCAUGCCGAUCGGCCGUGGCGCUUAUGGUAUUGUCUGUUCGGUGUUGAAUUCGGAGACGAAUGAGAUGGUAGCGAUAAAGAAGAUAGCUAACGCUUUUGAAAAUCAUAUGGACGCCAAACGCACGCUUCGAGAGAUUAAGUUGCUUCGCCAUUUUGAUCACGAGAACGUUGUAGCUAUCAGAGAUGUAAUUCCUCCACCUUUACGAAGAGAAUUUACUGAUGUCUACAUUGCCACAGAGCUCAUGGACACUGAUCUUCAUCAGAUUAUACGCUCCAACCAAAGUUUGUCAGAGGAGCAUUGUCAGUACUUCCUGUAUCAGAUUCUUCGAGGGCUGAAAUACAUACACUCUGCUAAUAUUAUUCAUAGAGAUCUAAAACCCAGUAAUUUGCUGUUAAAUGCAAAUUGCGACUUAAAGAUAUGUGAUUUUGGUUUAGCUCGGCCAACUUCAGAGAAUGAAUUUAUGACAGAAUAUGUUGUUACCAGAUGGUAUAGAGCACCUGAGCUUUUGCUUAACUCUUCAGACUACACUGCUGCAAUAGAUGUGUGGUCUGUGGGUUGCAUCUUUAUGGAACUUAUGAACAGAAAGCCUUUAUUUCCAGGCAAAGAUCAUGUGCAUCAGUUGCGCCUAUUAACAGAGCUUCUUGGCACGCCAACUGAAGCAGAUCUUGGGUUUGUCAAGAGUGAAGAUGCUAGAAGAUACAUCCGACAACUAAGUCAAUAUCCUCGUCAGCCUUUAGCCCAAGUUUUCCCUCAUGUUCAUCCUUUGGCCAUUGAUCUUAUUGAUCGAAUGUUAACAUUUGAUCCCACAAGAAGAAUUACUGUUGAAGAAGCAUUAGCGCAUCCCUAUCUGGCAAGGUUACAUGACAUAGCUGAUGAACCAGUGUGCCCAGUGCCAUUCUCUUUUGAUUUUGAGCAACAGCCCUUGGUAGAAGAGCAGAUGAAGGAAAUGAUUUACAGAGAGGCCUUGGCACUCAAUCCUGAGUAUGCAUAAUGGAGAAAGUAGAUUUGUUACCCAGUAUUAUAUUCAUUUAUUGUCUGAUAACCCUACGAGCUCAAAUGUUGUUUGAUAGCAAAGAUUGCUGUAGAUGAAACAAUGCAACCAUAAGAGAAAUUAUGUUGAACAACAAUACAGGUCACAGAUCAGACAAGUCAAAUCACUCCGUUUGAUUGUCUUCUGUAUCCGUGAUGUUUUUGGUGGGCAUGCUGAUUGUGCUUCCAUCACUGCCCAUCAGUUGUACACUGCCUUCAAUCUUUGUGAGGUUAGUCACCUUGCAAUCUCUGUAAACCUUGCAACCUUCAUAUGACUGAGAAUUUCUUUUUCUCCUUUUCCCCUUCCUCCGAAAGUUACUUCCCCUUGUAAAAUGUGCUGAUUUGUGUGUUUUUUUUAAUUGGAAUUUAUUCUCAAUGUAA